AUGCUGGCGUGUCGCCUUGCUAUCCCUCGCCGCCUGUCCACCCUCUCCUCUGCCACAGCCAACGCACUCCUGCAACCGCACGCGGGUCUCAUCCCUGCGUCCGCUGGAUCGGAAACGUCGGCUCCACUGCUCAUCGAGGGCGGCACAGUGAUUGACGGCUCGGGCGCCGCCCCAGUUUCCAGUCAGGCGAUCUUGGUGGUGGGGGAUGAGAUUCGAUCGGUGGGGCCUGAGGCUGUCCAGGCGGCGGGAGCAGUUGGCGCGCCCUUGCCGGGGGCAGACGCGGUGCGAGGGCCGGUGCGCAGGAUAGAUGCAUCCGGCCAGUGGGUUUUGCCCGGCCUGAUUGAUGCUCACUGCCACGUCUCGUUUCUGGAGCCAUCGUCGAACGACGAGCUCUUCUUUCACCGACCCAGUGAGGGCCUCACGGCCAUUCUCGCAGCGAGAGACGUGAAGAAGCUGCUGCUUGCGGGGUGCACCGGAUUUCUGGACGCUGACGUCUUGUACAAUGUGGGAGCAGAUCUGAGGGACGCAAUCGAGAUCGGCGCUGUCGAAGGGCCACGAAUGGCUACCGGAGGCAACGCGCUGCUCACGGCUGUGGGUGGCACCGCGGGGAGGCUGAUUCCCGAAGAUGGACUGAGGGGAUACGCCCAGGUCGUGCGCAGCGGCGAGGAUAUUGUUCGCACCGUCCGGCGCCAGAUUAAGCACGGCGCAGACUGGAUCAAGCUUCACAUCAGCGGGCUAAUCCCACGCCAGAUCUCCCGUGGCGAAAUUAGCGUGUGGAGUAUUGACGAGAUCCGGCUGGCGGUGGAGACUGCGCACGCGCUGCAUACACCGGUCGUGGCCCACGUCCGCAACUCGGACUCGACAAGGGAUGCGGCGAGGGCCGGGGUCGACCUGCUGCUCCACGCUACAAACAUGGACGAGGAGGCGCUGGAGGCGGUGAUCGAUGCGAUGGUGCCCGUUUGCCCAACGUUGACGUUUCAAGCCAACCUCGCCGAGUAUGGCGCCGCGGCCGGGGCGAGCCCAGAGCUCAUCGAGGUCUUUCGUCGCGAGAUUGAGGACUCGAGCGUGAUGCUGCGGCGGGCGUAUGACGCGGGUGUCCCGAUGCUGUGCGGCUCCGAGAGUGGCUUCACCAUCACUCCCGUCGGUGAGUGGCACGGCCGCGAGAUGGAGGCACCUCGGGAUGACUCCGCUGGAAGCAAUUACAUGCGCAACUCGGGAGGGGGCGAGAGCGACAUCCGUGUGCUGAACGACCGCAACCACCUUAUGUCAGUCGUCUCGAAGGGCCGCGCUGUCGACCUCACAGUGCCUUGGCCAACACGACGUCCCUUUCGGGGCGAGAAAGUGGCGCAGUGGACGGGCGUGCCGCUCACGCGGGAACUGGCACUGAACAUCGACAAGAAGCGUGCUAGCAAAUAG